CUCACAAUCCUACAUAAAGGCUCCAAUGCUCUUCUUUUAGGAACAACAUGCCACUAAUAAAAAAGAAAUUGAGAGUUGUUGGUUCAAGUCAACUAUAUACUACAAACUAAACUAAGAAGGAACCAUCAAAACUUGAGAGCAAACGACAAAAUUAGGGUUAUCUCCAAUAUACUAAUAGACUUGAUCAAAGUCAUAAGACAUAAAAUUAGACACUUCUUUUCUAUAAGUUUCAGUAGGUUGAAUAAAGAAUCGACCUAAUUCAGUAAAUCAAUGAUUUCUCGUUUAACAUAUAAAUAGGUUGUGGUAGCUGCAAAAACCAUAAACCUAAAGAGCAAAUAGCCACCACUCUCCGUUGAACGACCAAAUUUUUAUCCACUCUAUCUUUAAUCUCAAGAGCAAUAUGUUUCAACCAAACAACUUCAUUUCCUCGGGGCACUUGUAAUAAGUUCGCUAAAACCAACACUCAUCUCCAAUUACAUCAAUAUGUUCAUCUCCCCCUUGACUGCCUUCACCUACUUUAGUCCACUUCCAUGUCCUUCCAUAACCUCUCCAUUUUCAUUAUUAUCCUCAUCAUCUCUCACUUCUCUCUCUUUAACUGCUCCAGUUUCUCUUCCAUGUCUUUCAACACCCACCUCAAUUCAUUCACUACCCUCUCCAACUCCCUCUUCUCUGCCUUCACUUGUUGCAGUGGAACUUUACCUGCUACCAAAUUCAAACACAAUUUCUUCCCCCCUCUCCCCCCCCCCCCCCACCACUUCCAUUCUCAAACUCAAUUCCAAAUCUUCUACUAUAAGUUUAAAUUCAUAACUACUUGAUUGAACUCCAUUCUAUUUGACAUAGAUUGAUAUCGGAUUUGAAAUUUUCUAUUUGCCUAGUUUAAAUCCCAAAAAUAAAACUGUCGUGCCAAGAGAAACCAAAAGAUUAAUUUUCAAAUGCAUUCUUGUACUGGGAAGUGAAAUGGCCAAAUUAUUGCACGAUGGAGGGACUUUUGGAGGAAGUUAUAAAGAGAUAAGAACAAAGAUACAAAAGGACAACAUUUAAUUUUAAAUUGAAAAAUACAAUGACGCAACACGUAGUAAAAGAAAUAGUUUCUUCAUGUUAGCCAAUUACAAAUUUACCUAAGCAAAAAUUAAGGAGAGCAUGAAUUAUAAAAUGGAUAAAAUUACAUGAAACUCUACUAUGGAAAUUGAAGUAUUAAGCACCAUAAAAAUAAAUAUGGUAGACUUAGUGGGCUUGUUGAUCAUGAUGUAAAAGUCAUUAACUUUCCAGAGUUUAGUGUAUGUUUUGUAUCAAAUAGAAACACCAAAUUUGUUUAGUGUAGUUGGUUAUGAUUGUUGUCCGUGUUUGAAGAGACCUAGGUUCAAAUCUUCAUAUUGAUGUUUUUUAUUUGAAAUAAAUAAAUAAUUGUAAAGACAAAAAUGUCCUUCCUACUUUCACUCUCGUUACAGAAAAUUUGAAAUGGAGAAAAUUACACAAAAUUCUACCAUAUAUUAAUGGGGAUGGGGAUAGUGUUACUGACUUCCACUUCCCACCACAGCAACCUUGGAAGCAAUACUGUUCAUGGCGGCAGCUAAGCUUCAUUUCCUUUUCUGCUUUCCCUUUGUGUUCUGAAUUCUGAUUCGCUGGCUCGCUUUAGGGUGUUCUAACGGUGUGGUUAUCGUGACAACCAUUUUAACCAGUAGUAUUUAGAUAAUUUGGAUAACGGUUUGUUUUGGUUAAAUUUUUUAGCUUGUUUGGUUUAGGUGGUUUGGUUUGGUUUCAAACACUUCUAACCAAUCAAACCAAAUUAACUAGUUAACUAAUUAGCAUCUCCAUUGGAAUUGCAUUAUGACAUGACAUUCAUUUGCAAUUGCAUUAUGCAAUUGCAUUGAUGUAGAUGACAAUUGCAUCUAUGCAAGCUUGCAUAUAAUGCAAUUAUGGAAUGCAAGCCACAUCAUCUUUUUUAUUAUUAAAUUAUUCAUUAAUUUUAUUAUUUGAGUGUUUAUGUUUUAAUAAAUUAAAUAAAAAAAAUAGUUGCAAUUGCAAGUUAAUUGCAUUGAUGUGGUGCAAUGCAAGUAAGAUGAGUUGGAUUGCAAAGAAAUGAAGUAACAAUAAAUAAAAAAAACAAAUGCAAUUGCACCAAUGGAGAUGCUCUUAGUCAUAUAUCUCACAAAUAUUAUAUACACAGACUUAAUACUUUGCAUAACCACUCAAGUGUCAAACCUUCCUCCCUCUUAGGCUCAUAAAAAGUAAAAUUCAAUAUUGUUCCUAUACUGUAUAUUUGUAUCUGUAAAGUGUAUACCACAACAUAUGGACUCUUAUUUUAGAUAAAACGCAUACAAUAUGUUGGAUGAAAACUUGAAAGGAAGGUCUAUUUCAUUCUAUGGCAAUUGCUAAGAGAAUAUGUCAAUUUACAAAACACAACAAUUCAUUAACUCCAUACCAUUGACAUAUACAUACAUAUAUAUAGUUAUGUGAAUACUUCUAUUGACACAAAAUAAUUGUAUUAGUUAUAUAUGUAUUUAUGUUACUAAUUAGUUAUAAGUAUGUGUUGUUAUAUUUUAUUUAUUAUAUAAAUUGCAAAUUGAUACUUUGCAACCUCGUUUUAUUCAGGUUUCUUGAUUUGCUCUUCUGUGGGGAAAGCCUGCUCUUCCUCGAUGGAGCUUGAUUACUUGGCUUGUCAUAGGAUGCAAUUGUUACAAAAGAAAAACUGGUGAAGUGGGGUAAAGUAAAUGAUAGUGAUUGUGUGUUGUGUGGCAGUGGGUGUGAAACCAGGUAACACCUGUUCUUUAAUUGGUUAUUCUGGUUAACUAAUGAACCAAACUAAUUAAAUUUUAAUUUGAUUGUUGUAUUAGUUUGGACGGUUUAAUUAUGACACUAUAUUUCAUGGUUAAUAAAUUUUAGACUUAUUUGAAUGGAUAAUUACAAUGAUAACCAUUUGAAACAAUUGAACGCAACGCACUACCUCUUUCUUACGUGGUAAAUGGGCAAAUUGGUAGUUGGUAGUUACACGAGGCAUUUAAUUUCGGCCCAGAUUUUUCCUGAUCGCCGGGUUUUUGGGCCUCGAACCCACCUGUACGACGGGCCACCUUCUCAGUCAGUUAGGCCUCACUUUUUGUUUUUGUUUUUCCUUUUAGAAUGGGCAUCAGGACCCGCCCAGAAACAAUAAACUAACAAACGUGGCGGGCCCGCGUCCAAUGCAGUAGAUAAUGCUACACUGAGAAGUGGAUUGGAGUACUACUCUUAAUUCUUAAAAGGGUGGGAAAUUUCUAUCCAGACCUUUGCCACACACCCACUGACACGUGGGGACAGUACAAUCACUAAAACUUGACUGGAAACAGAUAAUUUCAAUCUCCUCCCGGUGCAGGGAAAUAGUUAAAGAAGUAGAAACUAAAAGGAAGUAAACAGAUUGUUCAUUCAUUGUUCUGUGUUUGUGUUUGUGUGUGUGAGAGAGAAGCAGAAAUGGCAGCCUCAGCUUCAAUGGUGGCUUCAUCAUUGACCUUGAAACCUUCGUCCCCUUUCAUUGAGAAGGCAUCAGCUUCAGUGAGUGGCCUUCCCAGCCUCACCAGAAAGUCCUUCAAGAUUGUUGCCAGCGGUAUCAAGAAGAUCAAGACCGACACGCCCUAUGGAACCGGUGGUGGCAUGGACCUCAGGGGUGGUGUUGAUGCCUCUGGCAGGAAGCCCACGGGAAAGGGAGUGUACCAAUUCGUCGACAAGUACGGUGCCAACGUCGAUGGCUACAGCCCCAUCUACAACAAAGAUGAGUGGGCACCUACUGGUGAUGUCUACGCCGGAGGAGUGACUGGAUUGGCUAUCUGGGCAGUGACAUUGGUUGGGAUUCUAGCAGGAGGAGCUCUCCUUGUCUACAGCACCAGUGCUUUGUCUCAGUAAUUAAACAGUUCCGUUAAAGUGAUCAGAAAAGUGAAGAGACAACUGUGUAAUGAUUAUCAUCGCUCUUUCUAGCGCAAGCAUUAGCUUCGUCGCCAACUACGUAGAUGCACGAGAACAAAAAGACCAGUUGUAUGUUUGUGUAUUAAUUGUGAUUGCGGUCUUCUCAUGAAAAUACAUUGAUACUCAUACUACUUUGUGUUCAAUAAUUUUGUGCUUUGGUCAAACUUGGCAGUAAACUUGUUUUUAAAGCUACUCACUCAAAUGAAUCGACGUCAUUAGCUUACAGGUGCGAAUAUGGUACAGGCAAAACCUGCUCAAGAUGAAGAACUACUUUGAACUUCCUGCUUAGCAGGGCAUUGAGGAAUGAAUCAUUCACCCAAGUAAACUAUUUGAAGUCUAAAUGAUCAAACCUACAUGCUUGCCGAAUAAAUUGAAAUAAUGGGC